AUGCACGGAGUCCGUCGAACCUGGAACCAAACGAUUGAGCAGGCACAACGUUAUGAACAAUGGAGUGCUGAGGCUCGGCAAGUUUUGCAACAGCGUUACGCUCUAUCGCGAGAGUGCUUUCUCAAGCGCUCGGAACCCGUGCUUUUACGUAACCCGGAGGAGUACUCGCUGUGGAACCGGCGGAAAGCUUGCUUGGUAGAGAGAUACCGUCUGGAACUUGCUACAGCGUCGGAAAAUGCUGGUUUAUCGCCUCCGCCGGCGCUCCGGGAGCAAGUUGAGGCCGAGUUUCGCGUCACCGAGGCAGCACUGCGGCAGAACCCCAAGUCAUACGCGACGUGGGCGCACCGGCUGUGGCUUUUACGCGCAGUACUGCCACUGUCACCCGACAGUACAUCCACUGCGGUACCUGGACUUGGAAACUGUCAGUGGCGACCACCGUGGAUAGUACCGCUGGACCUGGCUCAGGUCUACCUCGCCAGAGAAGAGGCGCUUUGCAAACAGUUGCUCGCUCUGGAUGAUCGCAACUUUCUCGGGUGGCGCCACUUGGUCGAAGUGCUGACGCUGACAAAGGGCAUCGGCCUCGAUUUGUCGUCGUCAUCGUCGUCGUGCGGGGAAGGCGGUGCACCUGUAGCGGGCGCAGCAGCGGGGAAGCGCCUGCUGCACAUCACGCGCACAGUCCUGGAUCAAAACAGCUGUAAUUACACGGCUUAUCAUUAUCGCAGCAUAGCGGUUAAGGAAGCACCGCAAGACUUUGACUGGCUGGAAGAGCUCGAUGCCCUUCAUCAGGUCAUGUAUACGGAACCGAACGAUCAGUCUGUUUGGUUUUACUAUCACUGGUGCAUGGAGCAGCUGCAGCAGCACCGACAACUCGACCAGGCAUCCCACACGCAAAAUCAAGCUCACGAUCAUCGUCAUUAUCUGGAGAAGGAACUCGAUCUCCUGGACGCUUUGCUAGAACUUGAACCUACAGCGAGGUGGGCGUUAGAGGCCAAAGCUCGGCACCUCAUGAACCUCGGACAGCACAAGGAAGCGGCGCGUAUCCUCGGGGAAGAGCUCCCAAUGGUCGAUCCGCUCCGAAAAGGCAUGUACGAGGAGCUGGCCGAUGCAUGCAUGCGCAAUUCCUUGGCAUAA